GUCCCGCUCCCGGCAGCCUCUCGGAGGUGCGGGAGGGGACAGCAGCACCUGGCAGCCGCCCUGGCAGGCGGAGUUUGCAGCCCCAGCCGGGUGUUUCUCCUCAUGCACCCCUCUCGCAGGGCUUCACCUGCCCCCCGACAUGCCUGAGCACGCAGCUGCCUCCAGGCUCUGCUUCUCCGGGCUGUGCUUCCUCCUCCAAAUCCUCAACAUCCUCCUCUUCGCCGUGUUUGUCCGCUACAGCUCCGACAGCAGCUCCGGCCACUGUCCCCCKCAGCUGAACUGCAGCCGGAGAAACCAGGAUUUGCAGCACCCCCGUUUCCAGGAUGUCCACAGCCAAGUCCUGCUCAGCUUCGGGCUCUUGGUGGCAUUCCUYGGCCGCUACGGGCCGGGCAGUGCGGCCAUCAGCAUCCUCAUCAUAGCCUUUGCCAUCCAGUGGGCYGUUCUGACCCAGGGCUUUUUGAAUUUCUUCCUCAACGGCAAAAUUUCCGUGGGAGCUCAGAGCAUGGUCAGUGCCGACUUCUGCACCGCAGCUGUUCUGAUCUCCAUGGGAGCUGUCCUAGGCAGGCUGAACCCUGUGCAGACGCUGCUGCUGGCCCUGCUGGAAGUCAUCCUGUGCACUUUCAAUGAAUACAUCCUGCUCAGYCUCAUGGGGGUCAGGGACAGCGGACGCUCCUUGACCRUCCACACCUUUGGUGCUUAUUUUGGCUUGAUGGUUUCACGAAUCUUGUACCAGCCCCACAAGGACAAGAGGAAGAGGGAGGAGUGGCAGGACAUGGGAGCCCAGCCUGAUGUCUUCGCUGUGCUUGGAACCAUCUACCUGUGGAUCUUCUGGCCCAGUGUCACCUCUGCCAGCACAGCCCAUGGCGAUGCUGAGAACUGGGCAGUGCUCAACACCUACUUCACCCUGGUGGUGAGCACCGUGGCUACCUUCAUCCUCUCUCCUGUCCUCUACCAGGAGGGAACCCCGAGGAUGGUUCUGAUCCAGGAUGCCACCCUGGCUGGCAUGGCCGUGAUGGGUAUGGCUGGGGAGAUGCUGAUCACCCCAUUUGGGGCCCUUAUUGCAGGAUUCCUGGCUGGCCUCAUCUCCCUGCUUGGCUUCAGAUUCUUCAYGCCCGUCCUGUACUCCAGGCUGAAAAUCCGCGAUGCCUGUGGGGUUCACAACAACCACGGGCUGCCAGGGAUACUGGGGUCCUUGCUGGGGACGCUGCUGACGCUGCUGGCCACCGCAGACACUUAUGGUGACAGGCUGGAGCUCGUGUUCCCGCUGGUGGCCGAGGGCAGCCGGACGGUCACUGACCAAGCGUUCAUCCAGCUCGGCGCCCUGCCCCUCACCCUGCUGCUCGCCACGCUCGGGGGCUGCUUCACAGGAGCCGUCCUGAAAACCAAGGUGCUGAGRUCUCCCCCGGACACACAGUACCCGGAAAACACCGUCUCCUGGGAGGUGGCCAAGGAAGGAUGUGACCCCAGGGCAAGCGGGAAGGAGGUGGGCAUCAGCACCCCGGUGUAAUGACCACGAAUUCCUGGUGAAGUCCCCCACCACCAGCUGGCUCCUGGCAGCCUGACCUGCCCAGCAGCCUGCUCUGGACACAGCCAUGCUUAUUCCUGUAUUGGAGCCAGCUCCUGAUCCCAAAUGUUUUGGGAUCAGCUGGGUGUCCACAGGCCUUUGCAAGGUGAAGAGAUGCUGCAGUAUCCAGGUUCUUGCUGGACUCUUGCUCCCAGAGACACCUUGGGGUGUCCAGGCAUGGCUCAGCCACUUCCCCUCUCUGCUCCUUGCCUCAGUUUCCCCAUCUGCUGCUCUCUGGAGGAAGGAAGGCAAUGAAGGGAGGGGGGAUGGCUGUGUUGGGGAAUGGGCACAGGAGGCUGCACAGAAAGCAGCAGAUUUUGUACAGGCACUUUUGCACACAACAAUUAAAAUACACAGAUCUUUUGUAGCUUUGGGAUUUACCCCUGAAUUCUCACAGCA